AUGACCCAGGAAAAGUUGAUAUACCAUGGAACUUCAUACGUCCAGGGGAGCGCCUCUGGUCCGCUCGUCGCAAGCAACCUUGAGCUGAGCUUCUGGGGAGGCGUUGAUCCGCAGACAAGCGAAGUCAUAGACCAUCAUCACCCAUUAAGCGGGAAACACCUCAAAGGUUCCAUUCUAGCCAUUCCUGGUGGCCGCGGUUCUUGCUCCGGCAGUGGGGUGCUGCUGGAAUUGCUGCUAAGCGGCAAGGGGCCAAAAGCUCUGAUAUUCUCCAGAAGGGAAGACAUUCUGACACUUGGGGUAGUAGUUGCGGAGGAGAUUUUCCGCAAGUCUAUCCCGGUUGUUGUUUUAGAGGCACAGGAUUUUGAAGAGCUGCUGGAUGCCAACUACGUGAUUGUUACUACUAAGGUCCUGGAUACAGCCCUUGGCUACAGCAUUGAGCUGUCUGAUAAAGAUCAUGCAUUUCUCAACGGGUUGCAUGGCCAAGCGGCUCAAGCUGCUAUGCGCAUCAUCUUACGCAUGGCUGCUAUGGAAGGAGCAUGCGAGUUGAUAGACGUCACUCAAGUUCAUAUAGAUGGCUGUGUUUAUACAGGACCCGGUUCUCUCAGCUUCGCAGAGAGAUUACGCGAUUGGGGAGGCAAAGUCUCGGUUCCCACUACUCUCAAUUCAAUAUCCGUGGAUCAACGGCGUUGGCGCGCUCAAGGUGUUGCGUCUACAUUUGGUGAAGCCGCGGAAAAGCUGGCGACGGCUUACACAGACAUGGGUGCGCUACCGACUUUUACGUGCGCUCCCUAUCUGCUUUCUAGCGCGCCCAAAAAGGGCGAUCAAGUUGCAUGGGCUGAGUCUAAUGCCGUUGUAUAUGCUAAUAGCGUUCUCGGUGCGAAGACUAUGAAGUAUCCGGAUUUCCUGGACAUAUGCAUUGCUUUGACAGGGCGCGCACCCCAAGGAGGACUGCAUAUAGAGAGCAACAGACGAGCGUCACUUUGCGUUGAGUUGCCUGCUCUUCGAGACGCUGAUGUUGAUGAUUCUUUUUAUCCGUUGUUGGGUUACUAUGUUGGCGGAAUAGCUGGGAAUCGCAUCCCAGUCAUUGUGGGACUCGAUGUCCUUCAUCCCUUAACAGAUGAUCUGAAGGCAUUCGGAGCCGCAUUUGCCACAAUGGCGAGUGCUCCAAUGUUUCAUAUCGUUGGUGUGACGCCGGAAGCUGCCACAUUAGAGGACGCUAUAGGUGAGAGAGGUAGCUUAGAAUCCAUUCGUCUUGAUUUGAGGCAGCUUGAAUCGGUUUGGAAGACACUCAACAGCGCACAAAACGGCUCGCCUGUUGAUCUUGUAUCCCUUGGAAAUCCACAUUUCUCUUUUACCGAAAUGAGAAAGCUCGCAGAUAUUUGUCGAGGACGCAAAAAGCAUGACGGAGUCGCUGUCAUGGUUACGUGCGGAAGAGCAACCUAUGGGCUGGCAAGUCAAGCCGGACUUGUUGAAGAAUUACACCAGUUUGGAGUUCAGAUCAUUACUGAUACAUGUUGGUGCAUGAUUGGGGAGCCAGUGAUCCCAAUGGCUGCGAUAACAAUCAUGACAAAUUCUGCAAAAUAUGCUCAUUAUGGGCCAGGCCUUACGGGGAAGAGAUUUUAUUUUGGUAGUCUUGAGAGCUGCGUUGCGGCUGCUUGUGAUGGAUACUAUGGUAAAACAAUGCCGGGAUUUAUUCAUAGAUAA